AAACUUAUGGUUUUACGCUUCUAGUUUACCAAAACGCUUUACGUUUUUACGCUUUUAGUUCACUAAAUGAGUAUUCUUUUCAUGAAAUUAAUUAUAAAAAUUAUAUUUUAAAAGUAAAUCACUAACAAUAUGAUACAUUUGAGAUUAGAAUAUGCAUAUAAGAUACUUGGAUGCAUUCUCAACUUCAAUAGCGUAAUCUAAUUCACCUGCUAGACUUUUCCCAAAUUCAUUAGCAUAGAAGGAAAAGUGGCUUAUUGUUAAAAUUUAUGUUUACGAACUUAUUAUUAAGAUGCUAUAAGUUGCUCUACUUUAAGCAUGAAUUGCAUGUAUUUAUUAACUUAUCUAAAUUCUAUGCAUUCAUAUUUUAUAUAGUAUAUGUCCUAUUUAACAGAUUUUUAAUUAUUUUUCAGUAUGCGACAAAAACUUACGCUUUUACGCUUUGAUACCACGCUUUACGAUUUUACCCCUUUUCCGCUUCUAGGUAGAAUCGCGCUUUUGACUGCAUUGGCGCUGAGGGGAAGAUGAACGCGACGGUGGGCUGCUGUCGAAUCGAGCGACCUCGUCGGAGGAUUUUGUUGCUUGGGCUGCUGUCGAAUCGAGACGCGCCGGAAGGAGGCCACGCCAGAAGGAGGCCGCGCCGGAAGGAGCUUCAACGCGGCACAAGCAGGAGGCCGAGACUGGUGGCGGUGGGCGUCUGGGCGGCGAAGUGGAGAAGAGUGGGAGGGAUGUGUCGCGAUUUGGAGCUCGGCUGAGCGAAGUGAAACCCUAAAAUUCAAAUUUUUUUUUACAAAAACGCCAUCGUUUUAGGCUUUUGGCCGACAUCUCCCAUAUCGGUUGAACCACCGGAAUUCCCGAUUUUGACCGGCUUUGACCGGUAUUGACUGGAGGGUUGUGUCGGUGGUAUUCCAACCGGUUUCAUGACCGGUACCGGUUGGACCUGGUUCAACCGACCGGCGUACCACUGGCAUGACAACCAUGAGUUACAUUGACGUUUUCAAUUUUCAUGUUUUAGUUUCAUUUUACGCUUUCACUUCCUUCAAGCAUUUAAAGUUCAUUUAUUAUCAAAGGUAUUUUGAUAAAUUUAGUGCUUAGUCAGGCUAGGAUGUUACAAUUAUCCUCUUAGUCACGUGUUUUAUCCUCUUUUUUUUUUUGGAAAUAGCUAAGUCCUCGAACAUAGAGGAAAAUAAAAAAGCAAGAGAAUUCCACCUGCCCAACUAGGAUUAUAGUCGGGUUGGUUAACGACUAUCCGCUGCCUAAAAAACACUACAGUUAACCGACUUUUCAAGACUUUCCGAUUAAAAAUAAAUAGAUAAUGCAGUUAGCGGUUAUUUUAUUGGUUAAAUGCCUACCCACCAACAAAAUCAGAGAAAAUAUCAUAAAUGGUUAAAAUCUAUCAUCAAUCAUAAAUGCAUAAUCCUUCAAAGUUAUGACACAUUAAAUUGAAAUUGCAGAUAAAGAAUAAAUAAUACUACAAGUUUACAUUUUCACAAAUAUCAUCUUCCUAUCUACAAAUUCACAAACACACAAAAAUCAAAAGUAAACUCCAAACACUAGUCUCUAAAUACAACACAAUGUGAGAACCACCAUCACAAGAGGUAGAGAGAAUGUAAGAGGAAAGACAUGGUGGAAAUGUCUAGCUUUGGAGGUAGACCAUCAUUCGUCCACCAUCCUUUUGCUUCCUUUCUCUCGCUCACCACUAACACAACUAGUGGCUCACGGUUCGUGGCACAACCUCGUUGCCCAUCCUGUUUGUCUUUGUAUGAGGUGAGACAACAAGUAGACCAAAGGGAAUAUGCGAUGAAGGACAUGGUCGAGGUGUUUAGCUCUGGAGGUAGAGAAAGAGAGCUAGUGCGGCAGAUUGACAGAAGGGAAGCCGUUGGAGAAAAUGUCGUCAUUGGGGCGGGGCGACUGCUGGGUUUAGGGAUUUGGAAACUGAUUAUAAUCGAUGUCGAGAGGGAUGAGCGCAAUGGAGAGGGAGAUUGGAUAUAGGGCGUAACCAAUGAGUGCGAGUGGUCGAGGGAAGGGGGAGUCGUGUGUGUGACAUUUUAUCUAUUUUGGGUGAUUAACCAACCUUAAUCAGUUAGUAUGAGGUUAACUACCAAUCAUCAGUCACUAUUGGUCUAUAUGUUGGUAAUCAAAUAAGGAAUUUUCAGCUUCCACCAACAAACCCAAAUCACUUUUUAAAACUAUCUUUUAUAAAUUUUAAAAGUAAUU